AUGGCAGAGGCCGGCGUUGUUCGAGUGCCCGGUACGCUUCGUGCUGUGCGCCUCUUGGAGUGGAAAGUGGCUCCCGGCUCGGCCGUACGCAUGGGUUCGGUGGUGGCGCAUGUGGCGGCGGUGGAGGACAGCGGCGGUGGUGGCGGCAGGGACGAGGAAGACGCGGCGACGGUGGCGCCCGAGGCGGACGAGGCGAAGGAUGAGCAGGCCGCGACCACGGUCUCGCCUGGGCGCUCUGCCCGCGAGGUGAAGCUGAAGGCGAGCAGCGCUGGCGUCGUCGUGCGCCUCUGCUGCGCGCCCGGACAAAUAGUGGCCUCGGGAGGAGAGCUGCUGCGGCUGGAGGCUUGUCGCCAUCCCAUUGUGAUGAAGGGACUCUGUGCCGAGUGUGGACAGGACCUCAGGAGGUUGGCGAAGGCAGGCGGACAGACGCAGGUUUCGAGUUCCGCAGCCAACAUCUCUAUGGUUCACAGCGUGCCCGAGCUCAUGGUCACAUCCGAGCAAGCCGAGAGCCUGGGACGUGAGGAUCAGCAGCGGCUGUUGCGGAGCCGCAAGCUGGUGCUCAUGGUAGAUUUGGACCAGACGCUCAUCCACACGACGGAGCAGAGCUACCCGCACAUGAGCAGCAAGGGAAUCUUCCACUUCCAGCUUGGCCAGGGUCAGCCGAUGCUGCACACGCGACUGCGGCCCCACUGCCGCUCCUUCCUGCAGAAGAUCGCCGAGCUCUACGAGCUACACGUCUUCACCUUUGGCAGCCGCCUCUACGCACACACCAUCGCUGGGUUUUUGGAUCCGGAGAAGAAGCUUUUUUCGCACAGAAUCCUUUCCCGAGACGAGUGCAUAGAUCCCUACUGCAAAACCGGCAACCUCAAAAACCUUUUUCCGUGCGGUGACUCGAUGGUGUGCAUCAUCGAUGACCGCGAAGAUGUGUGGAGGUCGGCACCCAAUCUGAUUGCCGUGCGGAAGUACGUUUACUUCCAGGGCACCGGCGACAUCAACGCCCCGCCUGGCUCGCGCGAGGCUCAGCGCAGGGGAAAUAACGUUGCCAAGGUUACCCCGGAGAGUUCUUCUCAGGCAUCGGCAGAGUCGCCUAACGCGGUUUCCUCGCGCGGCCCUGCGGAACGCGCCCCGGAGCGGGUCGCCAAAUGCCCCCCGGCCGCCGAAACCGACGGUUCGGGAAAAGCGACGGCGGUGGCGGCGGUGGACUCGCGGCUCAAACCCGCGGCGGACAAGGCCCCGGCUGCUCCGACCAACAACGGCACGGGCCGGUGCGGCAGUGCGAAGGACGCCACGUUCAGGGACGGCGCCAAGGAACCGGUGACGGCCGUAUCGACGGUGACGGACGACGGCACCGCGGCAGCUUCGUUGAAGGAGGAGGAAUCGAGAGCGGGCGCGGACGUGGCGGACGUGGGAGCCGAGCCCAAGCAGAACAACGAGAAACGGGGCGACGCGGGCAGCGGCGCGCAGGCCGACCUGGACUUUGAUUUGUCGAGCGACAGCGACUCUCCAUCGUCGCCCUCCGCCGCGCUGAAGGAAGAGGGCGAGGCGGUGGCUCCCCCGACGUCCGGCGGAGGCGACGACGAUGUGAGGACAUUGAAGGCCGACGUGAAGGCGGAUGUGAAGGCGGACGCGAAGGCGGACGCUGUGCGCUUGGACGCGGAGAUGGCGGCACCGCUGUGCGGCGGCGUCCGGAGCGGGCGUGACGCCACCAAGGAGGAGGAGGCGGGGGGCAGGGAGGAGCGCCUGGGCGAAGCCGCGGGGCCUUGUGUUCUGGCGUGCGAGCCCGAGGUGGUGGGUGAGAACGGUGGCGGCGGUGGCGGCGGUGGUGCCGGUGGCGGCGUCGAGACGCGACACGACACCGUGGACAUCGCGUCGCAGAACACGGAGCAGUCGGGCAUCACCGAGGGGGAGUCCUUUGAGCCUGAAUUCGACGUUGAGGAGGAGGAGGGGAAGGCCCACGAGGGCGCGGCGGUGGUGGUGGUGGACGCCGCCGCCGCUGAGGUGGACGAUAAGGAGGAGGACGACUACCUGCUGCACCUGGAGGAGGUGCUGUCGCGCGUGCACGCGAUGUUCUACGUGCAGCAGGACCGCUGGCAGCAGCAGCAGCAGGGGGGGGGGCGGCAGGGAGAGAGCGAACCGGCGGGGGCGGUGGUCGAGCCGGAUUUGCGCUCCGUCGUGCCGGAGCUACGCCGCUCCGUGCUGCGUGGGGUCGUCGUCGUCUUCAGUGGAGUGUUUCCGACGAACUGCCCGGCGGACCGCACGCGCGAAUACCGGGUGGCCUCUGCGCUGGGAGCCAUCGUCAGUUCCAGCCUGGUGCUGGAUGCCAGCGGCGCUCAGUGCGCCACCACGCAUCUCGUCGCUGCUAAGGCCGGCACGGACAAGGUGCGGCGAGCGCUCGAGUCGCGGCGCGUCCGUGUGGUGACGCCCGAUUGGCUGUGGGCCUGCGCCGAUCGCUGGGACCACGUCGAGGAGUGCCUCUUCACACUCACCGAGGGGUACACGCGCACGCACAGGAGCAGCAGCCCAGCGACGUACACGGAGGCGGGCGCCAGUGACGGCACCCGCCACGCUCUGCUGCAUCCCACCCCCAUGCACCCGCGGGGCAGCACGGCGCCGGCGCCACCCGAGGCGCGCGUGUACGACCCCGUCACGGGGCGCCUGCUGAGGAAGGGCAGCGUCCAGUCGUGCGCGCCAGGAGCCAGCAGCUGGCAAGGGCAGCAGCAGCAGCAGCAGCGGAAGGAGCGGCAGGAGCGGCAGGAACGGCAACUGCUGCAGCAGAAGCAGCAACAGCAACAGCUGCAGGUGCCCAGUAUAACGCCGGCGCCUGCCGGGGGCCUGGGGCAUGACGACCAUUCGCCUUUCAGGUGCCUGAGCCAGCAGCAAGUGAGGGAUGCUCCUGAGGGGAGUCGGAGGCAGAGGCAGCCCAGCAUGUCGGAGGCCCUGCCGCUCUACACCCUGUCCAAGGACGACCUGGACAGCAUGGACAAGGAAGUGGAUGACAUCCUUGGGGAGGAGAGCGACGGGGAGGAGGAGCAGGAGGAAGAGGUGGAGGAGGAAGAAGAGGAGGAGACGGCGGAGAAGGCGGAGGUUGCUGGAGGGAGCUCUGCCCGCAGCGGUGCCCCCUCUGUGUCCGAGAUGGAGGUGGAGCGGGGGGCCGGAGGCAGGGCCCCCCCGCAAAGCAAGGAGGAGCUGGGGACGCUCAUCGAAAGGCCCCCUUCGUCAUCGAGCGGCGGCAGCCUUGAAGGCAGCGUCCCGCGAGGACACAAGCGCAGGAGAGACGAGAGCGAGGAGGAGGAGGAAGAAGAGGAGCCAGAGGGAAGCAGCUCGGAGGCAGACGAGAUGGCAGCUGCGCUCGAUGCUGAGCUUGAUAACUUCAUGUGACGUCCCUUGUACUUGGGCGCGUCACCCACGCGUGUGCGAGGGUGAAGAUGCGGGGACACGCA